GACUCGUAACACGAUGUGUUUAGUUGAACCACCCAAAGGUGGCGGUAGCUGUUCCUCUGGCAUUUCGCAGAGAAAAAACAUGACUUCCUCACCUUCGUCCAGCACCAGUUCCGCGUAUGCUAGUACUGACGAUGUUCGUCAAUACUACAGUAACGAUAAACGAAAUUUCUUCAAUUCGGAUAACGUCGGAACAGCUCGGCUAUUACGCUCGUAUUCACCUCAUCGCAAAGCGAGAGGAUUCUUCGCGAGACUGCAAAUCGACAAGUCUUACAUUAAUACAAAAAGUAUUAUAAUAGCCGGUGUAGUAUUAACCACAGUAAUCCUUUCGAUAAUAGCGAUAUGUAAUGUUUAUGGAGCCAGUAGAAAUGUAGAAUUUCAAGAAAACGACGAAAUACCGCCCGAUCCGGAAACACCAUUACCUUCAUCACCGAGUAAAUUAAAAAAAUUUAAACGUGGUGCCGUUUGUGCAGAUGGUGCACCAUGUGCUGUUGUUGGAAAGUCGAUUUUAGAGAAGAAUGGUUCAGCAGUUGAUGCUGCUAUUGCUUCAAUGAUCUGCAACGGUCUUGUCAAUAUGCAAAGUAUGGGCAUCGGAGGUGGAUUUUUUAUGACAAUUUACCAUAAAGCCUCCGCACGUGCCUACACGUUAGUCGCAAGAGACCGUGCUCCGUUAGCUGCUAAUGCCAUGAUGUAUAAAGGAAAACCCAAAGAGGCGUCGUUCAUAGGUCCGUUAGCAAUCGCCGUUCCUGGUGAAUUAGCAGGAUAUUCGGAAGCUCAUAAACAAUUUGGUAAAUUACCAUGGGCUGAUUUAUUCAGACCAUCCAUCGAGAUAUGCGAAGAAGGAUACAAUUUGACAAAAAUCCAAUACGACGGGUUCAGAUAUAAUGAAAAAAAUAUUUAUAAUGAUCGCGUAUUAAAGGAGUUAUUCGUAGAUCCAAAUACAAACGAUUUCUAUAAACCGGGUACGAUUAUUAAACCAAAAGCACUUUGUAAAACUUUGCGAAUAAUCGCAGAGAAAGGAGUUUCAGAAUUUUAUAAUGGAACCUUGGGUAAACUUUUAGUACAAGAUUUACGAGAGAAGGGCUCAAUAAUAACAUUUGAAGAUUUGAAUAGUUAUAGAGCAACGUGGGAUGAACCUCUUCAAUCAAACCUUGCCAAUGGAAUGAAAUUAUUCACAAUCGGUUUACCUGCGAGUGGAGCUCUUCUCACCUAUAUUUUAAAUAUCUUAAAUGAGUUUAAUUUUACUCCUGACAGUAUAGCUGAUUUUAACCAAACCACUCUUACAUAUCAUCGAAUGAUAGAGACGUUUAAGUACGCAUACGCGUUGAGAAAUGAUAUGGCCGAUAAAGAAUUUGUCGACAUGGAGGAAUUAACAAAGAACCUGACGUCGAGGAUUCAUGCGCAAGAAACGCGACUGAAGAUAGACGAUCAUAGAACAUGGGAUGAUCCAGCACAUUAUGGAGCACACACGCUGAGCAGUGCAAAGGAUCAAGGAACCGCUCAUGUUUCAGUAUUAGCGCCAAAUGGAGAUGCAGUAUCAGCUACUAGUACUAUCAAUUUCUACUUUGGAAGCGGAGUAGUCAGUGAAAGUACUGGAAUAUUACUGAAUAAUGCGAUGAAUGAUUUUGGUGUACCAUCAACGAUUAGUUACUUCGGAGUUCCACCCAGUCCAAAUAAUUAUAUCGCUCCUGGGAAGAGGCCUUUGUCCUCUAUGGUACCUUCAAUCCUUGUCGACUCAAAUGACGAUGUAAAAAUGGUCGUUGGUGCUUCUGGUGGUACUAAAAUCACUACAACAGUUUCUCAGAUAAUGGCAAAAAUUCUGUGGAUGGGCCAAACAGUAAAGGAAGCUGUGGACGCUCCCAGAAUACAUCAUCAGUUAUUUCCAACAGAGGUGGCUUACGAGUAUGGCGUGCCAAAGCAGGUGAUCGAUGGCUUGAAAAAGAUUGGCCAUAAAACUGUUCGUUAUAGAGUUCGAGGCAGCGUAGCUUGCAUCAUUUUCACCAAGAACGAUAUAGUAUAUGCAAACGCGGACUUCCGGAAAGGAGGAGACGUGUAUGGACUUGAUUAA